AUGGUGCCACAGACGUUUUCGAUACUAAGGGUCAUUACCCUGGCCCAGUUAUUACUUUUGGCCAUAGAUGAUACCGCAGCUGGCGAACAAUCUUACGCACUGCUGGACUGUCCACCGGAGUGUUUGUGUGAUCGGAACCAAGCGGAAGUGUCGGCUGGGUCAAACGGAGCAACGAAAUCACAGCAGCAUUACUACCCCGCCGACGGCCAACCAACGGCCGAUUUCGACGAUCCAGCCGGUGAAGACUAUUCCGUCCACGCCCUGUGCAUGAUUGGGCGCGGGGCAGGCUUCGAGGCGAUUGAGGACCUACUGUCGCUGGACACUUCGGUGCUAAAGAUCGUGUAUACCUCGCAAACGGAACGUUUCCAGUUGAACGCCUCAAACUUGGCCCGGUUUGGGCAGCUACGUGAACUCCACGUACAAUCACUUCAACCGCAACUGCUUCGAUUCGAAAUCGACACCACAUUGCCCGUUGAACGGCUCCAUCUCGAAGCGGUCGAUCUGGUGCGCACUAAGCCCCCGCUAAUACUCGACCGUUCUGCACCAAGCGCCUCCGAUCUGGGACUUUCCAAGCAGCGCACCACGGACGGUGACGUACAGGGGAACAAUGAGGCAAACAUCUACCAUGUCGUUGGAGAAGAGAUGGAGAUCGUGAUGGACGAUGGCGCAGAUGGAGGCGAGCAACUCACCGAAACGUUCGAGGUCGAGAUCGUGCCGUACGAGGUGUACAAGCGGGAACUGGCCAGCACUAGCAACGUGUCGUUCUUCGGCUGGAACAACCUAACGGCGCUCUCCAUCCACGAUUGCCAGCUGGAAUCGUUGCAUCCCGACUUCCUGUACGGCCUGGCGCACCUCGUGCGCCUCUCGCUGCAGCACAAUAACAUCAAGGUGCUCCCGCCGUUCGCGUUCUACGGUGCACCGAAUAUGCGGUUGCUAUCCCUGGCCGACAAUCGCCUGCUGGAGGUUAGCUACUACUCGUUGGCCGGGCUGCUCGAGCUGCGAGUCCUGGACCUGUCCGGUAACAACAUUUCCAAAGUGUCCGAGCUCACGUUUCCACCGUUCCCGAAGCUGACCAAACUCGACCUGCGUCAGAAUCCGAUCGAGUACGUGUUUGAUAGUUCGUUCGCGAUCGCCAACAUGACCCGCUCGCUGUUCAUCGGCAGUGAGACGGUCGGGCUGCAGAUUCGUACUCCCAAGCCCUUCCAGGGACUGACGCAGCUCGAGCUGCUUGAGGUGCGCAACCUUCGGGUGGACGCCUUAAACCAGUACCUAUUCCGCGGGCUCCGGGCGGUACGUACCCUCCGACUAAUCCAGGGAAACAUCCCCUUCGUCGAGUACGAUAGUUUCGCUGAAAUGAAGAACCUGACCGAGCUGUACGCGUCCCGCUGCGGCAUCGGCGCUGUCUCUAUGGACGCGUUCUUCGGAGUGAAGCGACUGCGGACGAUCGACCUGUCGUACAAUUUGCUCGCCGAGCUACCGGUCGGUCUGUUCGACGAGCAACUGCAGCUGCUGGAGCUGUACCUGCAGGGCAACCGGUUGACUAAAUUGCCGACCGAGUUCUUCCGUCGGCUAGCCCCGGCCGUGCAGGUAGUACGAUUGAUCGAGAAUCCGUGGCUGUGCAGCUGCACCAUGGUCGAGUGGCGUCAGGCAGCCACUAAUCGCCUCAAGGUGGCCUCCACCGGUUCCUACGUGUACAGUAGCAAGUUGACACCGCGAUGCAGCGAUCCAGCACAGGGCAUCUACAACCGCACCGUGUACUACGUGAUCCGCAAGAACCUUCCCUGUAACAGCCACAAAACGUUCCAGCCAACCCGUCGGAUCACCGAGCUUAACCAUCAGAAGCAGGAAACGCUCAUCCGAAGACGGCUCAUUACAGCCGCUAAAACAAUCCCCCCGGCGGCACUGCGCCCGAUUGUGGUGCAGCAGACAAGUUUCGAGAAUCCAAUUCCACGGCAUUCGCUCCUAUACGAGCAGAAGCGUCGAAGGCUACAGCAAAAGUUGCAUCACAGCCAACGUUAUGCGGCGCCUGCUCCGCCCGGGCAGCGUACCCUUAGCAACGAUAUCGAAUACUAA